AUGGCAAAACAAAAACAAACUACAAAGUCCUCUAAGCGAUAUAGAUAUUCCUCCUUCAAGGCCAGGAUCGACGACUUGAAGAUUGAACCAGCUAGAAAUCUGGAAAAAAGAGUUCAUGAUUAUGUUGAAUCGUCGCAUUUUCUUGCUUCUUUUGAUCAGUGGAAAGAAAUCAAUUUAAGUGCCAAAUUUACGGAAUUUGCAGGCGAAAUAGAACGUCAUGUUCAGACAUUACCCCAAAUAUUAUACCAUGAUGAAAAAAUUUUCAACUGUUUAGUUUCCUAUAUUGACAUCCAUGAUGAGUUCUCUUUGCAGCCGCUGUUGGACCUCUUGGCUCAAUUCUGUCACGAUUUAGGUCCAGAUUUCUUGAAAUUUUAUGAGAAGGCCAUCAAAACUUUAAUAAACCUGUUGGAUGCUGCUAUAGAAUUCGAGUCUUCUAGUGUUUUUGAGUGGGGUUUCAAUUGUUUGGCCUAUAUUUUCAAGUAUCUUUCGAAAUUUUUGGUCAAAAAACUGAUAUUAACUUGUGAUCUUUUAAUUCCAUUAUUAUCUCAUUCUAAGGAAUAUCUUUCAAGAUUUUCAGCAGAAGCCCUAUCUUUUCUAGUGAGAAAAGCACCUGUCUCUAAUUUAAAUGAAUUUGUCAGGUCCGUUUUUGAGAAGUUAGAGGGGGAUAAUGAACAAACUAACCUUUACGAAGGUCUUUUAAUACUAUUCACUGAAUCCAUGACUUCUACACAAGAAACACUACAUUCUAAAGCUAAAGUUAUCAUGAGUGCUCUAUUACAGGAAGCCUUGACGAAAUCAUCUUCAAAAAGAUCUGUUUCAUUGCUGUCAGAUGUUUGGAUGAACAUUAGUAAAUAUGCCUCCAUCGAAAGUUUACUUCCGGUCUAUGAUGUCAUGCUUGAGAUUUUCAACGAUUCGCUCGAUACCGCCGAUCUUGAUAGAAUAUUAAAGGUAUUGGCAACGAUUGUCUUCUCGGAAAGUGGCAGAAAAAUUUCUGAUUGGAACAGUAUCAUUAGCUUAAUUGAAAAAAUGAUGAAUCACAAAAAUCGUUCUUCUCUAUCUCCAGAUAACGUGGCGUUCCUGUUUGCCUUGUUUAUCCGUAAUAGUGAUGUAAAAACUUUAACUCAAUUUCACCAAAAACUAUUCAAUUACGCUUUAACAAAUAUUACUGAUUAUUUCCUUGAAUUCUUUCAAUUUGCAUUGAAAUUAAGUUAUGAGAGGGUAUUUUCAUUUAAUGGUUUAAAGUUCCUGCAAUUAUUCUUAAAGUCGAACUGGGGAUCGCAAGGAAAAAAAAUUGCACUAUUUCUUCUGGAAAUGGAUGGAAAACCUGAACUACAGAAAAUAUUGAACGUAACUCUUCCAGAUGAGUUUACUUUAUCCAUUAGGGACUAUUUUGUCACAGUAGCGGAAAUUAAAGAUUCAAAUGAUCUUUUCGAAAUAUAUUGGCGAGCAAUAAUUUUCAGAUCCUCAAAAUUACGGGAUUCGGCAAUUAUUUCCUCUUUGAUUGAACGUAUUUUUUCAGCAUAUAUAUCCCCAGACAACUUCACCAAAGACACAGUUGGCACACUCUUAAAGGCAUAUUCUAAGAAAGACGAAGUUCUAGGAGAGAAUUUACUAAGGAAUAUUUUGGAGAAUUACGAAAGCUAUAAGGAUAGUUUGAACUUUCUGAGUGGAUGGAAUCAAUUCAUGAGUAAUGUUGAUCCUUCGGAAGGCGUAAAAGAAUUAAUAUCGGCGUAUCCGGAGCUGCUUCUAAACUUAACAGAUAACCUCGUGUUACCUGACGGAAAAAUUCGUUAUGAAACUUUUGAAUUGAUGAAGACUCUAAUGUUUUUGCAGAACAUGCCAAUACCUGACCUUCUUUCCUCGUGCAUGAUAAUCGAGCAAGUACCUCUAACACUUCAAAAUGCCAGAGAUUUAACCAUCAGAAUUAAGAAUGUUGGUGCUGAGUUUGGAAAAACUAAGGUAGAUAAGUUAACAUCCUCUUUUUUCCUCAAGUACCUGUUUGGUCUUUUGACUGUUAGAUUUUCUCCUGUUUGGACCGGUGUUUUUGAUACCCUUCCUAAUGUUUACACAAAGGAUGAAAUCCUAGUGUGGAACCUCGUGCUAUUGUUUAUAAAGUGUCCUGAUGAAGAUCGGAAGGUAGAUUACUACGAGCCUCUUCUUGAAGAUGGCACAGAUUCAAUUCUGUGGGAUUCGAGUGUGGUGAGGUUAAGAGACACUAUUGAUUCGUUCUCGCAAGUUUGGUCAAAGUAUUUUACUCAGAAUGCAAGUAUCAUAGAGACAACUGUCGGAAGACGGGGAAAUACUACUUUCCCAGUUUUGAUUAGAAAUCAAGCUCUUAAAGUCAUGCUAUCCAUUCCCCAGAUCGCUGAAGGCCACUUCGCCGAUAUCGCACCUUUUGUUUUCGAUGAUUUCAAGACUUACAAAAAUGAAGAGGAUAUGGAAGAUACAACUCAACGUGUUAUUACUGGUGCAUGGAUGGAAGCUGAUAGGAACUUGUUUUUGAAAACUCUAGGCAAAUUCAAGAAUAUAAAGAAUAUUCGCGGUGCAACGGAAUUACACGAACAUUUGAUGGUAUUAUUGGGUAGUCGUGACACAGAUGUUCAAAAGCUGGCAUUAAACGUCCUCCUUGCUUAUAAAGACUCGACUUUGAAUAAGUACAGGGAUAACUUAAAAAAUCUGUUGGAUGACACUUUAUUUAAGGACGAAAUUACAACAUUUUUAACUGAGAAUGGAUCACAAAAUAUGAAGGGCGAUGACGCGAAGGUGGUUAUGCCUUAUGUUCUUAGAAUUUUCUUCGGUCGAGUGCAAGUCCCUCCAACUAGUGGACAAAAAAGAAGUCGUAAAAUAGCUGUAAUUUCUGUUCUGCCAAACUUUGAAGAGGUUUACAUCAAUGAUUUUUUAACCUUAGCCAGUGAAAGAUUGGAUUUUCAAUAUUUUUUCAAGAAUGAUCAUCAAAUAGAUAGUUCAAAGGCCACUUUGAAGACUAUCAGACGCAUGACGGGUUUUAUCAACAUUGUAAAUUCUGCACUCUCUGUUUUACGAACAAAUUUCCCACUAUAUACCUCUUCCGUGCUGCAGCCAUUAAUCUACUCGAUUGCCAUGGCAUAUUAUGUCCUGGAAAAUGAGAGUGCAGCAGAGGUACAUUCAAGAAAGAUGGCAGGCAAUUUGAGGCAGCAAGGUCUGAAAUGCUUAAGCAAUACCUUUGAAUUUGUUGGUACUGCAUUCGAUUGGUCUGCAGAUAUGGAUGCUAUUUACACUGUUGUUAUUAAGCCACGUAUCCAGCACUUCUCAGACGAAAAUUUACAACAACCUUCGUCUUUGCUACGAGUUUUCCUUUAUUGGGCCCAUACUCCCUCUUUGUAUCCAUUUUUGUACUACGAUGAAUUUGCUGCUGCUAUAGCAUUGAUGGACACCAUCUCAAACCAACACGUGAAGGAGACUGUCAUCAGCCCCAUUAUAGAGGCAGUGGAUGCGAUUAUUAGAACACCAGUAAAUGACGAUCGUUACGUAGAUCUAGUAACUCUCAUUUGCUCAUCCUGUUUGAAGAUACUUCCUUCAUUAUACAAUAAACUUUCUGACCCGAACUCGAUUUCUAUAUUUUUGAACUUGCUCAUUAGUAUCACUGAGCUGGGCUUCAUUCAAGAGAAUGACGUAAGAAGUCAUUUGAUUAGUUCACUUAUAUCUAUAUUGAAGGGGAAGCUAAAGAAAUUGCAAGAGAAUGACGUACAAAAGAUUUUAAAAGUACUCAAACUUUUAAUUUUCAAUUACGAUUGUUCUUGGAAUGAUGUCAAAGAUCUCUAUGCCACUAUAUCUUCUUUGUUUAAAACUUUCGAUGAGCGAAAUUUGAGGAUCUCAUUGGCAGAUCUCUUCGUGGAACUUGGCAGAAAAGUGCCUGAAUUAGGAAACAUUUCGAAGUUAGUCGCGGACUUAAAUUCAUAUUCCUCAUCACGUUUGCAUGAGUAUGAUUUCCCCAGGAUUUUAUCUUCUUUUAAAGGGCUAAUUGAGGAUGGUUAUAAGUCCUACAGCGAGAUGGAAUGGUUACCUCUGUUGUUUACCUGUCUACACUUUAUCAAUGAUAAGGAAGAGCUUGCACUAAGGACAAAUGCAUCGCAUGCUAUAAUGAAGUUUAUUGACUUCAUUAAUGAGAAGCCUAAUUCUGAUGAAGCCACAAAGUCAAUUUCUAUGCUAAAAGACAUUCUUUUACCCAGCAUAAGAGUUGGUCUAAGGAACCCUCUGGAGGAAGUUCAAAGCGAAUAUGUGUCGGUGCUAUCAUAUAUGGUGAGAAACUCCAAAUAUUACACGGAUUUUGAAGACAUGACCAUUCUACUAUACAAUGGUGAUGAAGAAGCGGAUUUCUUCGCAAACAUUAAUCACGUUCAAUUACAUCGUCGUCAAAGAGCCAUUAAGAGGUUAGGUGAACAUUCCCAUCAACUUAAGGAUAAUAGCAUAUCCCAUUACCUAAUUCCAAUGAUAGAGCAUUAUGUAUUUUCAGACGAUGAGAGGUAUAGAAAUAUUGGGAAUGAAACACAGCUAGCCAUUGGAGAUUUGGCACAACAUAUGAGUUGGAACCAGUACAAAGCGCUUCUUAGAAGAUAUAUUUCUAUGUUAAAGACCAAACCAACUCAAAUGAAGCAAGCCGUAUUGUUAAUUGUUCAACUCUCAGUUCCGCUGAGAGAAACUCUUCGUACUGUUAGAGGCGAGACUGGAUCAAAGUCCAGUUUGAGCAAAUUUCCCUCCAAUUUAGAAGAGCCAACCAAUUUUAUCACGAAAGAGCUAUACCCCGCACUUUCAAAGAUUCUGGGUACAAGAGACGAUGAAACUAUCAUUGAGAGGAUGCCUAUUGCAGAGGCCCUUGUCAAUGCUGUAUUGGGACUCACGAAUGAUGACAUUGUCAAUUUUCUUCCAAGUAUAUUAACGAAUAUUUGCCAAGUUUUAAGAAGUAAAUCCGAAGAAUUAAGAGAUGCUGUGAGAGUGACUUUGGGCAAAAUAAGUACCAUCCUAGGUGCUGAGUACCUUGUCUUCGUGAUAAAAGAGUUAAUGGCCACCUUAAAACGUGGUUCUCAGAUUCAUGUAUUGAGUUACACUGUCCACUACAUACUUAAGAGUUUACAAGGAGUAUUAAAACAUUCUGACCUGGAUGCGUCUUCCAGUAUGAUUGUUAAGAUCAUUAUGGAAAACAUCUUCGGUUUUGCGGGUGAGGAAAAAGAUUCUGAGAAUUAUCACACAAAAGUGAAAGAAAUCAAGAGUAAUAAAAGUUAUGAUGCGGGUGAAAUUCUCGCCUCAAAUAUUAGCUUGACGGAGUUCGGGACAUUGCUAUCUCCUGUGAAGGCUUUGUUGGCGGUUAGAAUCAAUCUGAGAAAUCAAAAUAAAUUAAAUGAGUUAUUGAGACGAUACUUACUGGGUCUAAAUCAUAAUAGUGAUUCUGAGUCAGAAGACAUCCUCAAGUUUUGUCACCAGCUUUUCCAGGAGUCAGAGGCAAGCAACUUUACCCAAAAGCCUAAGAGGAAUAUGAGACCGGAGGUGGACGAAAAAGAAGAUUUUUUCCUGGUGAAUUUGAACUCGAAGUCAUACACCAUCAAUUCGCAUAACUCUCUUUUGAGUAGCACUUUACAAAAAUUUGCUUUGGAUUUGCUAAGAAACGUAAUAGCUAGACAUCGCUCCUUUUUGACCGUCUCGCACCUGGAGGGUUUUAUUCCAUUCUUAAGAGAUGCGUUACUUUCUGAAAAUGAAGGUGUGGUAAUCAGCACCUUACGUAUUCUUAUUACAUUAAUCAAAUUAGAGUUUUCGGAUGAAUCUAGCGAAAUCUUCAAAAAUUGCGCAAGAAAGGUGCUAAACAUUAUCAAAGUUGCUCCUUCAACCUCAAGUGAACUAUGCCAAAUGGGUUUGAAAUUCCUUUCCGCUUUCAUACGUCACACGGAUGCAACGUUGAAAGACACCGCGUUGAGUUACGUAUUAGAGAGGGUUUUGCCUGACUUGAACGAACCGAGCAGACAGGGUCUUGCCUUUAACUUUCUAAAAGCUCUCGUUUCAAAGCACAUUAUGCUUCCGGAACUCUAUGAUAUCAUGGAUAGUACCAGGGAGAUUAUGGUCACAAAUCAUUCAAAAGAAAUUAGAGACGUAUCGAGGAGCGUCUACUAUCAAUUCUUAAUGGAAUACGACCAAAGUAAGGGCCGUUUGGAGAAACAGUUCAAGUUUAUGGUGGACAAUUUAGAGUAUCCUACUGAAUCCGGUCGUCAAUCAGUAAUGGAAUUGAUUAAUUUAAUCAUCACAAAAGCGAACCCUGCUUUACUAUCAAGAUUAUCUUCUUCCUUCUUUUUGGCACUAGUGAAUGUCUCCUUUAAUGAUGAUGCGCCGAGAUGUCGUGAAAUGGCUUCAGUUUUACUUUCUACGAUGCUUCCAAAACUUGAAAGUAAAGACCUCGAAAUAGUUGAAAAAUAUGUAGCGGCUUGGCUGAAACAAGUUGAGAAUGCGUCCUUUUUGAAUCUGGGGUUGAGAAUUUAUAAGAUCUAUUUGAAAAGUAUUGGAUUCGGUCAUAAUGCGAACUUGGACGAGCUUGCCAUUAAGCGUAUAAGAUAUGUGCUAACAGACACGUCUGUAGGAUCAAAACACGAAUGGGACCUUGUAUAUUCAAGUCUGAAUACAUUUUCGUCAUACUUGGAAGUUUCAGAGAGUGUCUACAGGCAUGAUUUCAAGGACAUAUGGGAUGGUAUCAUCACAUGUCUGUUAUAUCCGCACUCAUGGGUCCGUCAAUCUGCGGCAAACCUCGUUCGUCUACUGAUAAACAAUAAAAAUAAGCUGGAGGUGCCACUGAACGAUUUGGAAAUUCAAACCAUUGCAACAAGAAUCCUCCAUCAAUUGGGUGCACCUUCUAUUCCAGAAAGUCUCGCUAACGUUUCGAUAAAAACGUUGGUUAAUAUUAGUACCUUAUGGAAAGAUGAGCACACGGCAUUUGUUAUGGAUGUACCGAAGAAAACUGAAGAGGAACCCAAAUACGCUACUGCGAUUGACUUCAUGGUAACUCGAAUCGGUGGUAUUAUUAGGUCAGAUGAACACCGUAUGGAUUCCUUUAUGUCAAAGAAGGCAUGUAUUCAACUACUGGCUUUAUUAGUUCAAGUUUUAGAUGAAGGUGAAGUAAUUGCAGAGGGUGAAAAGAUAUUAUUACCGUUAUAUGGUUACCUAGAGACUUAUUAUUCAAGAGCAGUUGAUGAAGAGCAGGAAGGACUACGCACUCUUGCCAACGAGUGUUUACAAAUACUAGAAAACAAGCUUCCAGUUUCCGAGUUUACGAGAAUAUAUACUGCUGUCAAACAAACAGUGUUAGAGAGAAGGAAGGAAAGAAGAUCUAAGAGGGCAAUUUUGGCUGUUAACGCGCCACAACUAUCUGCUGAUAAAAAGUUAAGAAAGCAUGCCAGAUCCAGAGAAAAGAGGAAGCAUGAAAAGGAUGAAAAUGGUUACUAUCAAAGACGUAACAAGAGGAAGAGGGCCUAA